AUGGACAGCAGAACACGGUUUCUGAUUUAUGCGGCUGCAUCAUAUAUGUUGUUGUCAAUGAUGGCUAUGGUUAUCGAGUCUAGAAAUAAGAAAAGAAAAAGAGUUCCAAGGAGAGAAGGGAUUACAUAUGGGCCAAUAGAUGAAAGGGAUAGGAAAAGAUUUGAUUAUCUAAAUGACAAGAUUUGGAAAAACGAUACCAUCUGUGUGAACAUGCUUAGGCUUCGAAGAGCACCUUUUUUCCGUUUUUGUAAACUUUUUAGGGAUGGUGGUUUGCUUGUGGAUACUAUACAUAUGUCUGUUGAAGAGCAAGUGGCUAUGUUCUUACAUACAAUUGGGCACAAUGUUAGAAAUAGGGUAGUUGCCACUGAUUUUUAUAGGUCCGGUGAAACUGUUAGCCGUUAUUUCAACCUAGUCCUUCGUGCUAUUGGUGAGAUGAGAAAGGAAUUAAUAAGGCCACCCUCAAUAACGACUCCAUCAAAAAUAUUAGGGAACCCAAGGUGGGAUCCUUAUUUAAGGUACGACCCACAUCUAGACUGUGUUGGAGCUAUUGAUGGCACACAUGUACGAGUCUCUGUUUCCAAAGAUAUGGAGCCUUCCUUUCGUGGUAGAAAGGAUCAUGCUACUCAAAAUGUAAUGGCAGCGGUAGAUUUUGACCUUAAGUUCACGUAUGUGUUGGCUGGUUGGGAGGGUACAGCACAUGAUGCUGUUGUUUUACGUGAUGCUAUAGAGCGUACAGAUGGCCUUCGUGUCCCACAAGGAAAAUUCUACCCAGUUGACGCGGGAUAUGGAGCAAAACCUGGAUUUUUACCUCCUUUUCGUGGUGUGAGGUAUCACUUGAAUGAGUGGGGGACUAAUCCUGUACAGAAUGAGAAGGAGCUAUUCAAUUUGAGGCACUCAUCUCUUCGGGUGACCGUUGAGCGUGCAUUUGGGUCACUCAAGAGGAGGUGGAAAAUUUUAGAUGACGCUACUCCAUUUUUUCCCUAUCCAACUCAAGUGGAUAUUGUGGUAGCUUGUUGUAUUAUUCAGAAUUGGAUUAUAGAAGAUGGUGGUGAUGAUUUUAUCAUAUCAGAAGAAGAAUGGAUAGCCAACUAUAGUUAUGCAACAUCGAGAAGUGGGCAAGCUAGUGAGCAUGCAUACAUGGUUCAGUUUAGUGGACAAAGUGAUAAGGGUGGACAUGUCACAUGGACAUCUUCGAUGUCUACCUACAUGCUUGAAUACCUCGAGGGUAUUGUUGCUAGUGGGAACAAAACUUCCUCGGGGUUUAAGCAAGUCCACUUGAAGGCUUGUGCUAAAGCUUUGAAUGAUCACUUUAAGAUUAAUUUGACUUCAGAUCAGAUUACUAAUCACAUGAGGACUUGGAAAAGGAAAUAUUCUAAGAUAGCUGAUCUGAGGAAGUUGAGUGGUGCUCUUUGGGAUGAGGAGAAUUUUAUCAUAUCACUUGAUCAUAAACAUUAUGCAGACCACAUUAAGGAUCACAAGGCUGAUGCUGAAUAUCUGAACAAACCUAUUCACAAUUAUGGAAAGAUGCUUGUGAUAUUUGGCAAUAGCUUGGCCACAGGAAAAUAUGCAAAAGGAUCAAGUGAUCCUCUAGCCACUGAAUCUAUUCCCAUUGAUGAAGAAGAAGAACAAAUUGGUAUUGACAGUGCUGCGGAAACUGGAUCAACUUGUAGAGUUCAUCCUCUUAAUGAGGAGAAUGGUGCAUCAUCUUCCGCACCCAAACCCAAGAAAGCUAAGAUUGUUGCUGCAAUCGAAGAGGAAGGGCUGAUAGGCGCAUUUAAAUCUGUUGGUGAGAAGCUUGCUGGAGCAAUACUUGAAGCUGGAAAAGAGGCUGCAAAAUCUUACAAAGAUCUGCCUGAUAAUCUAUAUGAGAGUGUGCAUAGCAUUCCAAGGUUUGAAGAUACACAUCUUGCUCAUUACUUUGCACAUCUAGUUGACAAUCCUCCAACUGCAAGCGUGUUUGUUACCCUUGAAUUUGCCCACAAGGUCACUUGGGUUGCAAGAUAUAUUGCCACCACUUUUAAUGGUUGAGUUGUGCGAUGAUGGUUGUGUGUUGGCUGUUGGUAUUAGCCCUGUGUUCAACCUUUUCUUUGCAUACUCAGAAAAAAUGAAUGGCUAUAAUGGAUAGCUUUUAGAUGGUAAUAGCCCUUGCAUUCUACCUUCUUUUGUAUACUCAGACAUUAAACUAUGAGUAUUAAGUUUGAUGGUAUUUGGUAGAUGGUAAUAGGCUUGUGUUAGCCUACUUUUGUAUCAAAACCAAUCACUUUGAUCGAUGUAAUGGCUGAUGGUAAAAUUUAGA